UACAACGUACAAUUCAGUGUAAAAAAACACGUCUGACUUGUUCGCAGUGGAGUAGAGCAGACACAUUGCAAGCAAUGAGCACCACCAAAGUAGCCCUGGUGACUGGUGCCAACAAAGGCAUCGGGUUUGCAAUCGUGCGGGCGCUGUGCAAAGACUAUGCCGGGGAUGUGUACCUGACAGCCCGUGACAUCGGUCGAGGAACCGCGGCUUUGGACAGUCUGAAGAAGGAGGGGCUGUCACCGCUCUUCCAGCAGCUGGAUGUCAAUGACCCAAACAGCGUUCGCACGGCACGGGACUUCUUCAAAGAGAAGUAUGGAGGAGUGGACGUUCUCAUCAACAAUGCUGGGAUCGCCUUUAAAAUGGCAGACACGACCCCCUUUGGGAUCCAAGCAGAUGUGACUAUGAAGACCAAUUUCUUUAACACUAGAGAUAUGUGCAACGUGUUCUUGCCCAUUAUCAAACCAGGAGGUCGGGUGGUGAAUGUCUCUAGCACGAUGGGCUCUAUGGCUUUGGGCCGCUGCAGUCCAGAACUCCAGGCCCGUUUCCGUAGCGAUGACAUCACAGAGGAGGAGUUGGUGGGACUGAUGGAGCGAUUUGUCCGUGAUGCUCAGGAAGGGCUUCAUUCAGAAAGAGGCUGGCCCAACACUGCAUAUGGAGUCUCCAAAACCGGCCUUACCACCUUAACUAGAAUCCUGGCCCGAAAUCUGAUGAAAGAGAGGCCCGGAGAUGCGAUCCUCUGCAAUGCCUGCUGUCCAGGUUGGGUCAGGACUGACAUGACUGGACCAAAUGCACACAAGACACCAGAUGAGGGUGCUGUCACUCCAGUGUACUUAGCAUUGCUACCUGCAGGGGCCAAAGAGCCCCAUGGGCAGUUUGUUUCCGAGAUGAAAGUUCAGCCCUGGUGAGAGAGAGGUUUUGUAUGUUUGUGUUUCAGAGCUGGAGGGGUCAGCUCUAAAUCCAGACAGUCUACUUCUAGAAAGUUGCAGUUUGAACCUUUGAUAGAAUACCUCUGGUACUCAAAAAAAUAUACAAAAAGUUACUAUGUGUGUCUUGUGUAUUUUCAUAUUAUUGUAAAUAUAACAUAAAAUGCAAAAGCUUUCAAAAGUUUUUGUGAGCAGACAAAUUGAAUAGCCAAAAAUGUAAGCACAGAUCUGUUUAAAUUCAUACUCUUAACAUCCGAAUCCAAAUUUGCGUGACAAGAGUGUGUGACAUUAAGCAAUCCUAUAAUUGAGACCAAAAAUUUAAAACUCUGGUGUGUGUGUGAGUGUGUUGGUACAAAAUGAGAUAAAAAAAAAUGUGUACCUAAUUUAUUCUUUAGUUAGUCCUCAAUAAAGAAUGAAUCUUAAUAAGUGGAUUUUAACAUGAUCAGGGUUGAAAGUUAAAGUAAUAUUCAGGGUUCAAUACAAGUUAAGCUCCAUCGACAGCAUAUGUGGCCUAUUGUUGAUUACCACAAAAAUGACAACUUGUCCUUCCUUUUUAAAAAAAAAAGAUAGAAACAAAAAUCUGGGUUAAAGUGAGGCACUGUGGAAGUGAAUGGGGUCAAUCUGUAAACAUUAAAAUACUCACCGUUUCAAAAGUAUAGCCACAAGACAUGAACAAUAUGUGCUUUCACAUGAUUUUUUAACAUCAAUAUGAUUGAUAGCCAGUAGCCAUAUCACCCUGCAGCUCUUGCCUGGGUGCCCACUAAAGCUAAGCAGGGUUGAGCCUGGCCAGUACCUGGAUGGGAGACCUCCUGGGGAUAGCCAAGGUUGCUGCUGGAAGUGGUAUUAGGGAGGCCUUCAGGAGGUGCUCACCCUACGGUCUGUCUGGGUCCUAAUGCCCCAGUAUAGUGAUGGAGACACUAUACUGUAAAAAGGCACUGUCCUUUGGAUGAGAUGUUAAACCAAGGUCCUGACUCUCUGUGGUCAUUAAAAAUCCUGAAAUUCCCUAAACAUUGGCCCCUAUCUAUCAUGGCCUUGUAUUAAUCUCCAUCCCUGAAUUAGCUACAUCACUCUACUCUCUCCUCCCCACCAAUAUCUUGUGGGUGUUCUGGUGCACUAUGGCUGCCGUCACAUCAUCCAUAUGCUAUAUAAAGCGCUUUGAGUGCCUAGAAAAGCUCUAUAUAAAUGUAAGGAAUUAUUAUUAUGAUUUUAGUGUGAUAAAAUCAUUUGGUUACCCUUAUUGUGUAAAGUUAUCCAGUUUUACAACUUCUUUGCCUUGAUGAUGUAACGCCAUAAACCCUAAACCGACCAUAAAAACGACGAUUUAAACUUUACAGCUCAAAUAAUACACAAGUUUUAACAGAAGAAUUAAUGUAAGGGCUUUUAUAAAAUGAUAAGCUUCACAUUUCUGCCUUUUAAACCCUCCAAACAUUGGCCCAAUUCACUUCCAUUGUAAGUGUACAGCUUCACUGUAACCUCCAUUCUUGCUUAGAAAAAGAGGGACAAGUCGAAAUAAAUUUUUGUGGUAAUCAACAUGGUCACAAAUGCUGUUGACUGAGCUUAACUUGUAUAGAACCUGGAACAUACCUUUAAGAGUGUUGUGCCUGCAAUCAAAAACUAAUAAUAAUCAUAUUAAUCUGGAAAAGCAUCCUACGUUAUGAAUUACCUAAAUAAAGUUUCAUAAUCUAUCUCUCCCAGGUGUAUUGUUUCUUUCGAGCUAAUGAAAGAUGUAUUUUAUGCAUGUAUUGAGAAGUCCACAUAGUUUGGAAGAAAAAACUUAGACCGUAGCAUUUUACGCUACCAAAUUUGUGCUAGUUAAUUUCGUACAGCAGUCAUGAAUAUGACCCUACACAUCCACGCCCUGUCUGAAGUCUUUACAUUGACAAUGAGGGUGCCUGCCUGUCUUAAAAGAGGACUUCCGGGCAUUUACUGAAUGUUUUGUCAGAUUACCAAUUUAUACCAACAUUUAUUUCUGACAACAUAUGUUGUCCUUCAGAUUUCAUAUUUCUGCCUUUUAAACCCUCCAAAUAUUGGCCCCAUUCACUUCCAUUGUAAGUGCUUCACUGUAACCUCAAUUUUUGCUUUUUUUUUAAGAAUGAAUAGCGUACAAUGUGUAGAGAGUCUGAGUACAGCACAGAAACCCUCAUUAUAAAUAAUUACUCUGACAUAACUAAGUAAACAAAGCAGAAAAUGCAACCUCCGAAUCACGAUCACCAUUGUUUAGGUGAAUGCAAUUGCUAACAGACGAUGCCAUUGCCACCACCCUCCAUCUGGCUCUCACCCACCUAGAUAAAAAGGACUCAUACGUUCGAAUGUUGUUCAUAGAUUUCAGCUCAGCAUUCAACACAAUAAUUCCUCAGCACCUGAUUGGAAAGCAGAACCUACUGGUCCUGGACACCUCCCUCUGCAAAUGGAUCCUGGACUUCCUGACUGGCAUACAGAGAGGAGGUACAACGGACUGGUGUAGAGCCAACAACCUGCCUCUGAAUGUCGACAGAACAAAAGAGAUGGUGAAAAGAGAGGUGAACACUUUCCGCUGAACAUCGACGGCUUCUCUGUGGAGAUCGUCAAGAGCACCAAAUUCCUCUGUGUUCACCUGGUGGAAAACCUCACCUGGUCACUCAACACAGCUCUAUUACCAAGAAAGACAACAUCAUCUUCUUCGAAGCCUGAGAAAAGCACAUAUCCCACCCCCCAUCCUCACUACAUUCUAUAGAGGGACUAUUGAGAGCAUCCUGAGCAGCUGCAUCACUGCCUGGUUUGGGACUUGCACCGUUCGGCAAAGCCCUGCAGAGGAUAGUGAGAACAGCUGAGAAGAUCAUCGGGGUCUCUCUUCCCUCCAAGACAUUUACACAAAGCGCUGCAUCCGCAAAGCAACCAGCAUUGUGGAUGACCCCACACACCCCUCACACAAACUCUUUACCCUCCUGCCAUCUGGCAAGAGGUACCGAAGCAUUCGGGCCUUCACGGCCAGACUGUGUAACAGCUUCUUCCCCCAAGCCAUCAGACUUCUCAAUACUCAGAGACUGG